AUGACAGCAAAAGAUUCUUCAAAAGAACUUACUGCUUCUGAAUCUGAGGUUUGCAUAAAGACUUUCAAGGAGCAAAUGCACUUAGAACUUGAGCUUCCGAGACUACCAGCAAACAGACCUACAUCUCCUAAAAUUUCUCCACGCAGUUCGCCAAGGAACUCACCCUGCUUUUUCAGAAAGUUGCUGGUGAAUAAAAGCAUUCGGCAGCGUCGUCGCUUCACUGUGGCUCAUACAUGCUUUGAUGUGGAAAAUGGCCCUUCCCCAGGUCGGAGCCCACUGGACCCCCAGGCCAGCUCCUCUUCUGGGCUGGUUCUUCAUGCCACCUUUCCCGGGCACAGCCAGCGCAGAGAGUCCUUUCUGUACAGAUCAGACAGCGACUAUGACUUGUCACCCAAGGCGAUGUCGAGAAACUCUUCACUUCCAAGUGAGCAACAUGGCGAUGACUUGAUUGUAACACCUUUUGCCCAGGUCCUCGCCAGCUUGCGAAGUGUGAGAAACAACUUCACUCUGCUGACAAACCUCCAUGGAACAUCCAAUAAGAGGUCUCCAGCUGCUGGUCAGCCCUCUGUCUCCAGAGUCAACCUGCCAGAAGAAUCUUAUCAAAAAUUAGCAAUGGAAACGCUAGAGGAACUGGACUGGUGCUUAGACCAACUAGAGACCAUACAGACCUACCGCUCUGUUAGUGAGAUGGCAUCUAACAAGUUCAAAAGAAUGCUGAACCGGGAGCUGACACACCUUUCAGAAAUGAGCCGAUCAGGGAACCAGGUGUCUGAAUACAUUUCAAAUACUUUCUUAGACAAACAGAAUGACGUGGAGAUUCCAUCUCCCACCCAGAAAGACAGGGAGAAAAAGAAAAAGCAACAGCUCAUGACACAGAUAAGUGGAGUGAAAAAACUGAUGCAUAGUUCAAGCUUAAAUAAUACAAGCAUCUCACGCUUUGGAGUCAACACGGAAAAUGAAGAUCAUCUAGCCAAGGAGCUGGAAGACCUGAACAAAUGGGGCCUUAACAUCUUCAAUGUGGCUGGAUAUUCACAUAAUAGGCCCCUAACAUGCAUCAUGUAUGCCAUAUUCCAGGAAAGAGACCUCCUGAAGACAUUCAAAAUCUCAUCUGACACCUUUGUAACCUACAUGAUGACUUUGGAAGACCAUUACCAUGCAGAUGUGGCGUACCAUAACAGCCUACACGCUGCUGAUGUGGCCCAGUCAACCCAUGUUCUUCUUUCUACGCCAGCUUUAGACGCCGUCUUCACAGAUUUGGAAAUUCUGGCCGCCAUUUUUGCAGCUGCUAUCCAUGACGUUGAUCAUCCUGGAGUCUCCAAUCAGUUUCUCAUCAACACAAAUUCAGAACUUGCUUUGAUGUAUAAUGAUGAGUCUGUGUUGGAAAACCAUCACCUUGCUGUGGGUUUCAAACUGCUCCAAGAAGAACACUGUGACAUCUUCCAGAAUCUCACCAAGAAGCAACGUCAAACACUCAGGAAGAUGGUUAUUGACAUGGUCUUAGCAACUGAUAUGUCCAAACACAUGAGCCUGCUGGCAGACCUGAAGACAAUGGUAGAAACAAAGAAAGUUACAAGUUCUGGUGUUCUUCUCCUGGACAACUAUACUGAUCGUAUACAGGUCCUUCGCAACAUGGUACACUGUGCAGACCUGAGCAACCCCACCAAGUCCCUGGAAUUGUAUCGACAGUGGACAGACCGCAUCAUGGAGGAAUUUUUCCAGCAGGGAGACAAAGAGCGGGAGAGGGGAAUGGAGAUCAGCCCCAUGUGUGAUAAGCACACAGCUUCCGUGGAAAAAUCCCAGGUGGGUUUCAUCGACUACAUCGUCCAUCCCCUGUGGGAGACCUGGGCGGACCUGGUGCAACCUGAUGCCCAGGACAUUCUGGAUACUUUAGAAGAUAACAGGAACUGGUACCAGAGCAUGAUACCCCAGAGCCCCUCCCCACCUCUGGAUGAGCAGAACAGAGACUGCCAAGGCCUGAUGGAGAAGUUUCAGUUUGAACUAACCCUCGAAGAGGAGGAUUCUGAAGGCCCCGAAAAAGAUGGCGAGGGCCACAGCUAUUUUGGCAGCACAAAGACGCUCUGUGUGAUUGAUCCGGAAAAUAGGGGUCCUCUGGGAGAGACUGAGGUAGAUAUCACCACAGAAGACAAGUCCCCGACCGACACAUAA